AUGCCCGACACCGACGACAGACUCACAGUACUCACAAGAGAGUUCCAGCAUGCGCUGUCAGUAGGGCAGCUCCGCGACGUGAUCACGGCGGCCGACGCAGCCGCGCGCACGGUGCACAAGUCGCUCGACGAGUACACUGAGCGUCAGUCAUAUGAGUUUUUCCGUGAAACGCGUCGCCUCGAGGUGACGCGCGCGGGGCUCGCGUCGACCCUCCAGUCAUCUGGCCAGCUCUGCGGGCUCAUCGCCAACGCCAACACCGUUGGCACCAAGAUCACCGCGCGCGUGCGCUUGCUCGACCUGGAGAAAGCUAAAGUGAGCCAGACCGCGGCAUACGCCGCGGACGUGAUCGCGUUGAAAGCUGCUGUCGCGCACGCAUAUAUGAGUAUCGACCGUGGUGACUGGCCCGCUGCUGCUGGAGCUAUCGCGAGUAUCCGCGCCUUGCCACAGGAUGUCAUCGCUGGCAAAUUUGCCAACAUGGUGGUGCCCUCCACAGACAUUCCUCAGGCACCUACGGCUAUUGUGGAGCAAUGGUGUCUGGAGCUCAAGGCGGUGUUUGUGCGAGAAUUCCAGGCGGCAGCGACAGCGAAAGACAUCCCGAAGCUCACGACGUUUUUCCAGCUCUUCCCGCAGAUCGGCGAGGCGAAAACUGGACUCGACAACUAUUCACGGUUUAUCUGCGGGAUCAUUGCGGAACAGAGCCGUGCCCUUCUCACAAAUAAUUCGCAGGCCAGCUUCUGGUACUCAGCCGUAGCGAUGAAGCUCUUUGAGAGCAUCUCGAUGAUCGUGACCCAGCACGGCACGCUUAUUUCACGCUACUACGGCCAGCACGCGAUGACUGAUGUUGUUGCGCGCAUCCAGCGCGAGGUCGAUGCCCAAGUAGGCUUGAUAAUUGACACGUUUCACGACGUGCAUAACUUGCCCAAAGCGGUUAGUGAAGUGAGCGAGUACUCGUAUCCGUACUUGAGCGCCAUGGCUACCGGAACCUUCUCGAACGCCGCGUCGCGCUCCGCCUCGCCCGCGAUGGAGAGUCCGAUGCCCGAGGAUGUUUCCGUGGUGGAUAUUGGUGACUUGGUGAACGAGCUCUCGGCGAUUUUGAACAAAUGGACAAUGUACUGCCGGUUUGUUGCGGUGCGGUGGAAUGAGUUUGAAGGGGAAACAGCAGACUUGAAACCGGCCGGUGAGCCGAAAGACUCUGCGAGUGCCGAGAAACAUUCAGCCGAACUGCAAACCGAGUUACCGGCAGUGUCGUUGAAACUCCCCCCACCCUUAAAAACUUCCACCUUUGUUAAGAAAAUCGCCGACCCGUACACCAAAAUCUUUGAUGCCCUCAGCGUCUUCUACUUCCGCCGGUCGCUCGAAAAAGCCUACCAGAUGGAAGAGCUCCCUACCCUUUCCCACAAAGACCUCAUUGCGACGCGUGAAGACCAGUUGACAUCUCCUGACCAACCGCUCAUCUCUUCCGUGGUGGAGGACUUGAUCCUCAUCCUCAACACAUCGCUCCGCAACGCAUUUGAGACGGGCCAGCCCCAGAUUGCCAGCUCUAUAAUCAUCACCGUGAAGCGGGUGAUAGACACCGACUUCCUUACUGUCAUGUUGAGGCGUUUGCGGGAUCUGCAGCCACGCGGGGGCUACCAGUUUUUGGCGGCACCGGUGGCGGCGCGGAGCCAGCAGACGAAUAUGGGCAGCAUGCUCAUGCGCGGAGCGAACUACGCGAACUCGGUGAUCAACACGGAUAACGAUCAAAAGCUUAACGACUUUGUGGUGUUGUUGAACUCUGUGAGUAUUGGGGACUCCUAUUUCCGCCGCAUUGUGGAGAAGAUCAACGCGGAAGUGUUACCGGCAAACUAUCCGUUCGCAACGGACAGCCAGAAGCUCGCGGCAAUCUCUGGAGGCCUAAUCGCGUCCCUCCACGCAAAGAGCACCAAGAUUGUUGAAUUCAACGUGCAGGUGUUGUACGACCUGGUGUUUAAAAAUAAGAUGCGGCUGAUGGUGAACGACUAUUUCCUUGCCUCUGAAUAUCUCAUUUCGCAGAUGGAUGAGAGCGGGCUGAACCAGGCCAAGUUUGCGGCUGCGUGGGCGGGACUCAUCUCACCGUUUGUGCGGACGUUGGCGAAGGAGAUCUGGGACGCGUUGAUGGUGUUGGUGAUGGCGCUGAUGGCAAGUUUGCUUGAAGCGAAACUCUGGGCGUUGGAAAACCGAAUUAAUGAGCUAGGCUCGAUCAAGUUGGAGUCGAAUAUUUCUGGAAUCAUUGACUAUGUAACGAAGUUUGGGAAAUACUCGCUUAAGGAUUCGUUUUUGAAGGUGACCCAAGUGGUGUUGAUGGUGGGGUUUGACGGAGAGGAGGAGGAGGCUGGGAUCAACUGGGUGUUGACGCCGCAGGAAAGAGUCCGGGCAAGGUAUUUAAGAGUUGAUAGAAACCCAUAG